AUAGUCCUAAAUAGGCCAUGGGCAUUUGUACAAUGGUUGCAGCAGGCAAAGAUUGAAGAAGAGUACAUACUAAUGGCAGAACCAGAUCAUAUAUUUGUGAAACCUUUACCAAAUUUAGCUUUUGACAAUGAUCCAGCCGCAAUCCCCUUCUUUUACAUUACACCAUCCAAACAUGAGAAAAUCAUCAGGAAAUACUAUCCUGAAGAAAGGGGUCCUAUCACGAAUGUCGACCCUAUUGGGAAUUCCCCUGUAAUCAUUAAGAAGACUCUGCUUGAGAAGAUCGCUCCCACAUGGAUGAAUGUGUCACUACAAAUGAAAGAGGAUCAAGAGAGUGAUAAGGCUUUUGGAUGGGUUCUGGAAAUGUAUGCAUAUGCUGUUGCCAGUGCAUUGCGUGGGGUUCAACAUGUCCUUCGUAAAGAUUUCAUGAUCCAGCCACCAUUUGAUAAGAAGCUCGGCAAUACAUUUAUUAUGCACUUCACCUAUGGAUGUGACUAUACACUCAAGGGCGUACUGACAUAUGGGAAAAUUGGUGAGUGGAGAUUUGACAAAAGAUCAUACCAAGAUAGGCCACCGCCAAGAAAUCUCACAUUGCCCCCUCUAGGAGUGCCAGAAAGCGUGGUACGUUUACCAGCGAAUAAAUUGGAAAAUUACGUACGUCAACAAGAAGUUAAGCAACAAGUACAAGGCUCAUCUUCAGAUUUUGUUUCAAAGACAAAGAAUAAUCCGGUUUUUACUGGAGAACCUGCUGAGCGUGAAAUGGCUACAGCUGAAGGGUAG